AUGAGUUGGAAAGAUCACUUGCAAAAUAUUUACUUUGACUUGAACAGUCCUAUAAGUUAUGCAGGACCUGAAAAAAUUUACAAAUUCUUGAAGAAGGAAGAUGGCUUUAAAGAGAUAUUACAGUCAGGACGCAAGCCGAAAGAAGUGAGAACAGACCCAGGUAGCGAAUGGAAAAACAGAUGGGUGAGAUCAUUUCUCAACAAACAAGGAAUCCAUCACUUCGUCACUCAUAAUAUAACACACGCUAACUAUGCCGAGAGAUUGAUACGCAGUUUGAAGUCGUUGAUGUACAGAUAUUUCACGCAUAAACGCACAUACAAUUAUCUUGAUAUUUUACCUGAUUUAGUCAGGAACUACAACUCAAGACCGCAUUCUUCUUUGAGAGGGAAAUUACCAAAUGAAGUUACUGCAAACAAUGAAGCCACCAUAUGGAAGCGGCUUUAUGUCGAUUCUUUAAAACCACAGAGCAAGAAAAGAAAGCAUCAACGAUCAAAGCCAUUCAAAUUCAAAGUUGGUGACUUUGUCAGACUUUCCAGCAACAGACUUGUGGAUUAUGAUGGAGAUUCAGUGGAAGGAACAUUCUAUUCCAGUGAACUACAAAAGGUGCAGAAAAGUCGUGAUGAUAUUUUCAAAGUGGAAAAAGUAUUAAAGCGACGAAGAAGAAAUGGACUGACUGAGGUGUUAGUUAAAUGGUUGGGAUACCCAAGGAAAUUCAACAGCUGGAUAAAGGAGAGUGACUUACAGGAUCUCUAA